GUUAUUCAUAGCCAUUAUGGAGGGAAAUUUUGUAAACAUGCAUGUUAUUAAAUGGUUUGGCUUGUAUUAACUUGUGAAAGAUAAAGAUUAUGAAAAGAUUGUGAAAAUCAGAUAAAUUACCUGCAGGUGGAUAUAGAAAUAUAAAGAUAUGGAUCUGACACAUCUCCUUCCCACUACAACAUUUUUUCAUCCGACUAAAACUACCUCAUCUUUGGUAAAUCAGACUUGUAAUUUGCCUGAUUCUACAACUGAAUCACCAACAACAACUCAAAUGGAUCCACUCAUCUUACAACAGCCUGGACAGAAUUACUUACAACAAAUAACACCCUGUCACUCAAAUGCUAUGAUACACCCACAUAAACAGGAUAGUAAUGUGUUAGAUUCAUUAAAUUCUUUAAACGAUCAUGAAGUGGAGGAGUUUACAAAUCUUAUAUCUGAUGUAUCUGUGUCAGUAGUCGUUGACAGCACUCAGCAGAGGCAGACAAUGAUAGAUUUACCACAAUACAUUGAAAGUGAAUCACACCAACAACAGUAUACGGCUCCAAACCUUACAGAACAAAUCAAUCUCAGUACAAUAUCACAAAUCAUUCAACCAGACUUAGACAAGUCUGAAAAAGUACCAGAACACAUUCUAGGUCAAGUUGAUGUUUGUAUUACUAGCAAUGAACCUGAUUUUUCAAAUUAUCCACCAAAUUGUAAAUGUGACUUUAUUGAUAAGCUUGUAGCAGUAGAACAAAUUUGGUUGUGUAGAGGUCAGUUAUAUUUCCUUCCACAGAUUGGCAUUGUUGUCAUUGGUAACAGAGAGUUUGCUGGAAUAUUUCACAAUCAGAAAAAAGGAUACAUUGCUGUAGGUGAAAUUAUUGAAAAAAUGAUGCCUCAGUAUGAGUCUGACUUGAUAGGAUUUCUCAAGAGAAAGGAAGAUGUUGACCAGUGCACUUUGACAACACAGGAAAUUGGUUAUCUGCAGCAAAGGAAUUGUAUAGGUCCAACAUGUCGGUAUUCAUGUGCUGUAUCAUUAAACACGCUACGUCAGAUGGCUCAGUUCAUUGUCAUGUAUGAAGGAGAUAAACCGGGAUUUGACAACAAAAUAAAAGAUAUUGCUAAUGGUAAUUUUUAUAAGAAGGUACUACAAAGACAUGUACGCUGUGGAAAUUGUGGAGGAAUAAUUCUUUACAGUAAAGAACCAGAGGAGUAUGUGAAGCUAAACAAAGAAACCAAAAUUGGGGAAAAUGAGUCAAAAUGUUAUUCUGUAGGAUUUAUUAAAGCAGGUGGUCUUAGAUUUGUGGCGUUUAAGAUGGAUAAUAGAAUUUAUGUCUCAUUUAAAGAACUAUGUCAAAAUCAGGUGAUAAAGCUACAGGUACUUCAAGCUCGUCUUGGUGCUUUACGCCAACGUCCUCGUCUUGCACCAAGUAUACUGAACAGUUAUUUGAAUACACCAGAAUACAGUGUUACAAACACCAUGUGGAUUGACAUUGCUACCUUAAGAUGUGUAUGUUGCAUGGGAAGAUGCUCCCCAGGUUUCAAUUCAGAAUUAUAUACUUGCUUUGCUACAGUAAAUUUCAGUGAAGAUUUUGUGACAAAUAUCUUUGGUAGGGAUGAUCAUCAGUCAGACAAUGAUGUUUUUACAAUGGAUCCUAAAACAUUUGAGGUUGUGAUGAAGAAAACAAGUAUGAAAACAAAUUCAGCACUAUCUAAAACUCCAAAUUUUAGCAAACCUAAACAAAAGCCAACCCUGAAAUCAUUUGAAUUGUCAUCCAAACAGGCUGUUGGCUAUGAAACCCCUGAAAAGCUGAAUGAGUCAGCAUUUGUAUAUGAAAAACCAAUGGAAGAUUCUUUGUCUGAUCAUAACUUCUCAUUUAGGGAGAAAAAAAGUAAAUCAAGUAAAACUUCAAAGAACAAAAAGUCAAACAAAGAUCAAGAAACAUAUGUUUUUGAAGAUAAAAAAAGUGCAAUUAAUUUCUUAACAAAGAACAAUGUUUUGCAAGAAGAAACAGUUUCUGAAACUAGAAAGGAUUCAAAGAAGAAAAAUAAAAAAGAAGCUAAGUAUGUACCAGGAAAAACUCCAAGUUUUCGAGUGAAACCAGCAGAAAAGCCAUACAGUUUUAAUGGAAGUUCUAAGAAAGGGCAAAACAAACAGUCUGAAACUGAAAAUAUCAAAAUUACUGUGAAAGAGGAUCGUGUCAUGUUGUCAGUUUCAACAAAGAAAACCCCUAAUAAUAAAAAAUCAAAAGCUAAGGCUUCAAACAGGAGAGGAAAGAAAAAGCUGGAAGAUUCUGAAAUAAUUUCAAACAAUAUGACCAGCAGUGCAACUCGAGAAAUAUGUGAAAGUGAUGAGACACAGGAUGCUGUAGACAGUCUUGUAAACCAUUUUCAUUUGGGCACUGAAAGUCCAGGACCAUCAAAUGUUGAGGUAGAAAACAUAGGGAUAACUCCGAGAACAGAAUCUCGUAUUUUGUCUGGUAUAGAUUUAGACGGGAGUAUAAGUAAUAUGUUUGAGACACCAUCACAAGAGAAUGUUGUUGUAGAGAUGAUGGAUAACAGUGACAACCAUCCAUUUACAGACAGUACUUCACCUCUCAGUAGAUUAUACCAACAGUUUGAACAUUUUGAAAAAUCUAAUUCACCUGAAAUUGUUCCUACAAAUCAAACUGACACAAUAUAUAGAGAAAAUUCACAUAUUUCUAGCUCAGAAACCGAGUUAAGUUUGCAAUUUAGAAAUGAGACAGAGAUGCCAAUAAAUCUAUCUGCCUCAAAGCAAGGUCAGAUUUUAUCUAAGGGAGAUAACUGCAAAAGGCAGCUAGUGAGUAAUUCAACAGGUGACAAUGAGGAGACUGAAAAAUACUCUGACACCACUAUCAAUAAAACAAUAUCAACUAAUAAUACCAUACAUUCAUCAGAAGCUCAAAAUUUUGAUCCCAUCCAGCAAUUUGAUUCAAGGGAAAAUGUUGGACACAAUACAUUACAAAACUUGUUCUCUCCCGAUGUAGAGGACAAAAGGUCUCACAGUGACCAAUCUGAAGAAAGAGAGAGAAGAGCUAAAACAUUAAGUCCAACAAAACCCAAAAGUGGAUCGUGUCAGAAUUCUCCUAUUUCGAACCUCAAAAGGACAUCAUCAUUGAACUCGCCUGUGUUUAAGAAAUCGGGUGAAAUUGAUUUAAAUCAUGCUAAAGUAAAAAAGUUGUCCGAGUUGGGAGAUCAUCCUUUGGACUUGUUAGCUUCCCUGGCUGAAGUGAUUACAGAUGAAACAGAAAAUGAACAAAUGAUAUCAGGAAAUGAAGAUGCAGAUAUCUGCACUGAUCAGCAAAAUGAUGAGACUUUAAAAUAUGAAGAACCAAAAAUAGAUGAAACAAAUCCACAGAAUAAGUUUACUUAUUUUGAACCAGUACCAGACUUGUAUGAAAGUAAAGAACAUAUUGAGUUGUGUUCCUUUGCUGAUGAAAAUUCAAACAUUGACAAAGUAGCAUUCAGUACAAAUACUGAAAAUAGUUUAAGAAGUGAAUUUUGUGAUGAAGUGAGCAGAGACAGAAUAUGUAAAUUUAUUGAUGAGGUAGAAAGUCACAUGACUAUUGAAUCAUAUAAGGACACUAGUACAGGUCAUUGGAAAGUCAGGAUAAGAUUAAAACCUGGUACAAAGGAGACAUAUCAAGGUUUGUUUGGAAAUGAAACAGACAAGAAGAAGAGGAAUAUGUUUCUUGCCUUUUUAGGAAAACUUCAUCUACCUGAAAAUGUUAACAUUGCAAAUAUUGAAAGAAAUGUUGAACAUAGUAGUAAAUCGUUUCAUACAACUGGAAAAUUACUCUGCCAUCAGCAAUCAGAUUCUAAGAUAAAAUUAAAAACCUCAAGAUCUAACAAAGUUAAAAAAUCAAAACAUUCAGAUAAAAAUAAGUCUGACAGUAAAUCCAGUCAUAAGUCAAAGAAGAAGAAUUUAGCAUUUCAGUUGUUUGGUGCAGGGAGAAAUGAUUCUAAUUCAAAGAAUUCUCCAGAUGAAAAGAAACAUCUAAAACAAUCUAUUCCUAGUCUGAACAAAGAAAGCUCAGGAAGAAACGAACAAUAUACUAGUCCCAAUACUCAGAAUUCAAAUAAAAGAGCAAGUCAGUCACCUUUAGAAUACAACAAAUCAAAGAAGCAGAAGUCUCACUGAAAAUGAUAAAAUAAUAUGGUGAAGAAAUAUGAAGUUGAACUAUCUAGUCAGCAAAGUUUAUCCCUGUGAUGUAGCUGCAACAUUAAUGGUUAUUAUAUGGAGAAAUUUCAAUAGACAAAUUGAUGAAAGAACGUUAAAUCAUCAGUAGAAUAAUUUGUUUCUAUAAUGCUGAGUAACAAAUAUAAUGUGUAUUUGUAGCUACCUUGGUUGUUGAUGUAACUAUGAUUGGUGUCAUGUGACAUUGAAAAAAGCAGGGUAUCAUUUCACAAAAAUUUUAAUUAUUGUGUGUUAGUGUACAUAUGUUUGUUCUGAUGUUACACAAGUAUACAACUACUUCGGGAUACCAUGACUAGAAUUUUGAUAUCUUGAUUGCCUCAGAAUUUUUUUUAUAGUGAGAUUAGAAUAAAUGGCAAUAGAAAUAUUGUAUCACCAUCAACAACCAUGUAUUGACUAUCAAACAAAUGCUAGUUAUAAGUUGUCUUGUUUAUUUCAUUAUGUUCUGUUGAUGUUAUACAACAAAGGUGCUAUGUUUAAUUAUGUUGUGUUAUAGUUUUGUUAGCUUUUUUGCCCCACCUACGUUAGUAGGGGGCAAUAUGUUUUUCUGGUCUGUCUGUCUGUUAUUCUACCUUGUAUCAGGAUAAAAUUUUUGGUUAAGAUAAGUAACAAUAAAUUGUCAUCACAUCAACUUGAUAUUUAGUACACAUAUUCAUUAAGAUGUCAACUUUUAUAUACCAAAUUAUAUUUUUGACACAAAUUUCAUGGUUCACUAAACAAACAUAUGUGAUAUUGGAAAUUAGUGCAUUCUCAGGUCAAAAUGAAUAUACAGCUCCUCUUGCUCUAGCUUCUAGCUGCAUGAAAAAUUUCAUAAAAAUCUGUGAGAUAUCCCAUAUAUAUACAUGUAAACUUGAGGUAGUAUACAAUAAAGUGCUUUUGGCAGAACUCUGGUCCUUGAUCUUAGAAAAGUUCAUGAAAACUAUACUUGUCUUUAUGAAUUAAAAUAAAUUAUCAUUUACCAUAAUAUACAAGCUCAGUUUUGACAGAAUGGACAUUUUCUGUUCAUAGUAUGCUGUAAGCAGGAGCAUCUGUGAUCAAGAGAUCACCUAUUUCUAGUUUUUUCAAAUUUUCCUUAAUUGUAUUCUUGUUAAAUGUUGAAUUGAUUCAUAGUAUAAUUAUUCAAUAUAAGCAUUUAAUUGUAUUUUACAAUUACUGUAUAAGUGAAAAAAAUAACAGUGUUAUUGAAAAAUUAAUUACUGAUGUUCUUUUUGUAUUUAUUAGAUAUGCACCAUAGAUCAUAAUAAUGAAGUCAAUAAAAGCUUUGUUAAAUGUUGACACAAAAGAUAAAUGAAACUAUGAAAAAUAAUUAAGUAAUUUCUUUUUAUUUUGAAGAAUUAAUGUUUGAUUUCUUCACAGAUAGGAUGAAAAUUUUUUACUGUAGUUUUGUAAGACCUUUUUUUUUUCAGAAAAUUUAUGUACGUGAAUUGGAGGACAAAGUCUCAUUAUUGUACAUCAAAUACAUAAAAGAUUAUUUUAAUAUUUGAUGCAAAAUUAAUUCUGUUUUUAAUCAUAUUUGGAAGUAAAGUUUUAUAUAGUUAUUUACAAUUUUGUAACAAUAAAUUAAAUGAUACAUUUCAUAUACAUGUAUGUAUAUAAAAAAUGAAUUCAGGUUUCAUGAGUUUUAUUUUUUACAAAAUGAUUUGUUUUUGGUUCACUGACUGACACAUGCAAGUAUGAGAUCAAAGAGUAUAAUAUAGGGUUUCAAAUUUUGAAUGGAAUUUUUAAAAACAUUUAAGUGAUUAUUUUUUUUAUAUAAAAAAAAAUCAAAAGUCUACAAGAACUUUUAUUAUGAAGUGUUUUUCAAUUUCUUUCUAGAAUAACAUUUGAUAGACAAAAACUGGCGUUUCAGUAAAUUAGAAAAAAACAUUGCUACCAAUGUCAGACAAAAAGAUUUUUCAAAAUGGAACAGUUUUUCAAAGAAUUAUACAAUAUAUCGGCAUCAUGUGGUCAGUUCUUUUUUUUUAUGAUAAACUAACCAAAGUUAUUAUCAUUUGUUAAUAGUUUGUUUUUAGUUUUGAAAUUUUAUUUUGUAUAUAAGACAGACCUAGAAUCGGUCAAUUUUAAUGAUAAUUAAAAUAGCUUAAUGUCCAAGUUUAGUUUUUUGGAGAGAUGUCAGAGCAAUAAACUUCUAUUUACAAUUUAUAGUACAGGUAAUUUGUUAAGACUUGAUGUACCACUUUAAUGAGAUGUUUUAUUCUGAGAUUUAUUAAUGUUGUACUUACAACCCAAUCAAAAUUGUGUAACAUCUUGUAAGGCGUUUAUAAUUGGUAGGAAUUUAUGGUUUAUAAAGUCUCCUUCCAGGUUAUGUCCUCCAUUGGUCACAAAAGUUUGUCUAUGCUACAGCUCAGAUAGAAAUGAAAACAACUUGACAAUUAUUACUUCAUACUAUGUGUAGUAUUACUGUCUAGUUAAUUUCCAAUUUCUGACUUUGAUGUUUAUUUUUGGGAUUUCCCAUAGUAAAACAUGGAUUCUUUUUCACAUACAUGUUUGUUAAUUCAAACUUUUCUACCAUUUGCACUGAAGAAUAAAACAUAAAAUUAUUUUAAUGAUAAGUAGUUGCAUUUCAUUUUUUUUUCUGAUAGAGAUAAUUUUUUUAUGUUUUCCACAUAUGAAAGACUUUAUUCAAAGUUUGUCAAUAUAAAAUUUAUGGUUUGCAUUGAAAUAGAAAAUAUUUAUAACAAUAGAAAAAUUGAAAUAGAGCUUGAAGUAAUACUGUAAAUUCAGUAAUUAUUGCAUGCAUUUUUUAUUGCGAUUUUACAAGAAAGGACAAAAAUGCGAGAAUUAUUACAAUUUCAGGAAAAUCUGUAUACAGAUAUAUGUAUCAGAUAUUAGAAUGCAUGUUCUUAUUAUUGCGAUACUCACCCAGUCACAUUAUAAGCAUUAAUAAAAAUCUCACAAUAGUUUCUGAAUUUACAGUACUUCAUUCUGUAUGUAGUGGUUGUCAUUCUUAUUUUUUUAAGAGGUAUUUCUAGAGUAAUAGCAUAAAAAUAAGACUGAGAAUCACAAUUUAUUGAUGAUCCGCUGUACAGGUUAAUGACAAGAUAUAAUUGAUAACUUCCAAUGUAGGACUUCAUGGUUUACCACUAUGACCAAGGGAGACAAUAGUCCCAUGUUCCUUUUAAAGACUUUGACAAACAAAUUUCACAUUUGUUGCAAUAAUUAAAUUUUUUGGUUGCAAAAUUACCCAUUUACUGUGAAAUUGAAAAAUAACAAACUAAAUGCUUCAAUGAAAGAUAAUGAUAUUGUCGAUGAAGUUUAUUGCUCUGUUCAAAUGGAAAAGUAUCCAUAUACAAGUAAUUGAAGUAUGAUUACAGUAUUUGUAAAACAGUUAUCUUUUACUUCAACAGUUUUACUAAUAAAAAUAUUUCCUACUAAAGUUAUUAAUUAAACACAGGUUAGUCUGGUGAUAGUUUUAUACAUGUUUGUCAGUGUUUCCAUGUUAAAUUUUGCAUUUAUGUAAGGAAAAAGGAAACUAACAAAUGUUUUUUCUUUAACUUCUUAUUUUCAGUACUAUUCCAACAUUUUGAUUUAUCAAAAAUAUCAGGGGAUACCAGAUAUAUUUUAAAUUGAAUUUGUUUUGAGUAAUGAUAUAGAACUUACCAUUGUUUUAACUUUUUAAUUUUACUAGAGCUGAUUAGGAGACAGAUUACAAAUUUAGAAACAGAUCUGUAUCAAGUUAUUGCAUAAACUUUCAUCAUACAUGUACAUCACAACUAUCAUGGUCAUUAAACUUUCAAGUUGAAUAAAUUUUUUUAAAGUU